AUGUCUUUGUUGUUUUUUCUUCUUUAUUUCUUUCAGCUUUCUUUCUUUCUUUUUCUAUUUUUCUUUGUCUUUUUCUUUAUUUGUUUCAUUUUCCUUCUUUCUUUCUUUUCAUUCAGUUUUCUUUUUCUUUGUUUUCUUUCUUUUUUCUGUUUUCUUUCUUUCUUUUUCUUUCAGUUUUCUUUCUUUUUUCUUUCCCUUCUAUUUUCCUUUGUUUUUUUCUUUAUUUGUUUUCUUUUCCUUCUUUCUUUCUUUCUUUCUUUUUCUUUCUUUUUUCUUUCUUUUUUUUCUGUUUUCUUUCUUUCUUUUUCUUUCAGUUUUCUUUCUUUCUAUUUUCUUUCCCUUUUAUUUUCCUUUGCUUUUUCUUUAUUUGUUUUCAUUUCUUUCUUUCUUUCUUUCUUUCUUUCUUUCUUUCUUUCUUUCUUUCUGUUUUCGUUCUUUUUUGUUUUCUUUCUUUCUUUUCCUUUCAGUUUUCUUUCUUUCUUUUCCUUUCUGUUUUCUUUCUUUCUUUUUUUGUUUUCUACUUUCAAUCAUUUUCUUUUUCGUCUUUAUUUUUCCUCACAUUUUUUCUUUAACAUUAUCAUUCUUUCCUUAAAUCUUUCUUUUCCUUUUUUUUUUUUUUCCUUUUCUCUGGUUGUCAGUUUCUUUUACUUUUUAUUCAUAAUUUCUUUUACUCCAUUUUCCUUUUUUGCUUGUUUUUCUUUUUCUAUCUUUCUUUGUUUCUUUUCUUCUUUUUCUUUUUCUUCCUCUUUGUUUGUAAUUUUAAUUCUUCAUUUCAUAUAG